AAGAAUGGAAGAAACACAACAGAACAUUUUAAAAAAUUGUAUUAGCUUUAAUCCUGAAGUCUUUGUUUAGCAACUUGGAAUUUACUGAAAGUUUACUUGGAAUUUUUCCCAAGUAAAAACUAGAGGCCAGAAACUCACCUGGUAUAAACUGGCAUAGCUCUACUAAAGUCAGACGUACAGUGUUUGAAGCAGCUGAGGAGACGAUUCUUGUUUUCAUAAUGAAGGCUGGUUGUUAUUCUUACCCUUUCUCUUUAUUAUUUUUUAGUCUUCAAAGCAUUUUGAAACCUUAAAGAUUCUCCUCUAGGUUAGGAGAAGUAUGCAGAUACAUCACCCCAUGUACCAGAACCGGAAUGCCUAACUCAUUACCUAAAGUAUUUGGCAGUCAAAGGGGAGAGAGGGCUGCAGUUUUCUGUGCAGAUGGCAGAAGUAUGUACGGAGCAGUGUAGUGUAUCUAUUAAUCUCAUCUAAAGAAACAGACAGUGAAGAGGUUCUGUUCAGUGACAGCCUAACCAUUAACAGCAUCCCAAACUUGAUUUUAUUUCUUCACUUUUUUGGGUUGAAAACACUGUAGCUAAGAUUUAUGAUGUCAUUGUCGUCUCUGCCUUUCCUCUGUCUCAUCUGUAUUCUUUACAGAGCCUAUAAACAUGGGCUGUCAGCAAGCUAAACCUGUCAGAUUUCCACUUCCCCCCUCCUUCGUCUGCUACUAUGCUGCCCGAGAAAGAACCCUGCACGCUGCACCCUCACUAUGAUUCUCAUCAUCACAUCUCAUUCAUCACUCUGACUCCAAACUCUGCUCAACACAUUAGAAAAAAGGUCAGGGAUAUGAAAGGAAAAGAGAAAUAAACAACUACCCAGCGGAAGCGGUUGAGCUACAGGAGACGUGGGAGACAGUGAAGAGUUCAACAUAAAUGAAAAACAGGCAGAGCAGUAUGCAGCAACCCGGAGGGUGUUGAUUGAAACUUAGAUUACCCCCAAAUCACUGUUGAUUUGACUGAUGCGCCAGCUUUACCAGAGAAAAGAUUUCAAUUAAGGUCCCUUUAGAUGGAAUUUAAUGUGGCAAAAACCUUGUCAUCAGAAGGAUUAAUGCCUGCAUUAGCAUUUCCGCAAUAAAAUCAGAAGCUAAGUGGUGGAGGCCACAGACACCUCAAACCUGGAUUCCUCUGCUCUGCAUUAAGCGCUGGAGUUUUUAUUACUUGCUGUAGGGAAGCCGUUGCCAAUGCUUACAAGGAACUGCUUAUCCCUGCUUCUCUGGGUCCUAUUUGAUGGAGGUCUCCUAACGCCACUGCAUCCACAGCCACAACAGACUUUAGAAGCUGAGCCAAGAGACAAUGUUGUGCCAGUGCCAGGGAGGAGGUCAUCUGUCCAGCGAGUCAAACGAGGCUGGGUGUGGAACCAGUUUUUUGUGCUGGAGGAGUACAUGGGCUCCGAACCUCAGUAUGUGGGAAAGCUACAUUCUGACUUGGACAAGGGAGUGGGCACUGUUAAAUACACCCUUUCAGGAGAUGGUGCCGGCACUGUUUUUACCAUUGAUGAGACCACAGGAGACAUUCAUGCCAUAAGGAGCCUAGAUCGAGAAGAAAAACCUUUCUACACACUCCGGGCUCAGGCUGUGGAUGUUGACACCAAGAAACCACUAGAGCCUGAAUCAGAAUUCAUCAUCAAAGUGCAGGACAUUAAUGAUAAUGAGCCAAAAUUCCUGGAUGGGCCUUAUGUUGCCAGUGUCCCAGAAAUGUCUCCAGUGGGUGCAUAUGUGCUUCAAGUCAAGGCAACAGAUGCUGAUGAUCCCACCUAUGGAAACAGUGCUAGAGUGGUCUACAGCAUUCUUCAGGGGCAACCCUACUUCUCCAUUGAUCCGAAGACAGGUGUAAUAAGAACAGCGUUGCCAAAUAUGGACAGAGAAGUGAAAGAACAAUAUCAAGUUCUCAUCCAAGCCAAGGACAUGGGAGGACAGCUGGGAGGACUAGCGGGUACCACCACUGUAAACAUAACUCUCACGGAUGUCAAUGACAACCCACCCCGAUUUCCUAAGAGUAUCUUCCAUUUGAAAGUGCCCGAGUCCUCCCAUGUUGGUUCUGCUAUUGGAAGGAUCAGAGCCGUGGAUCCUGAUUUUGGGAAAAAUGCAGAAAUUGAGUACAACAUAGUUCCAGGGGAUGGAGGAAACUUGUUCGACAUCACAACAGAUGAGAACACCCAGGAAGGAGUCAUAAAACUGAAAAAGCCAUUAGACUUUGAAACAAAGAAAGCAUACACCUUCAAAGUCGAGGCCUCCAAUCUCCAUCUUGACCAUCGAUUUCACUCAGUGGGUCCAUUCAAAGACACCGCUACGGUGAAGAUAAAUGUGUUGGACAUGGAUGAACCUCCAGUUUUCAGCAAGCCUAUGUACACGAUGGAGGUUUAUGAAGAUACUCCUGUGGGGACCAUUAUCGGUGCGGUGACAGCACAAGACCUUGAUGCUGGCAGCAGUUCUGUUAGAUACUUCAUCGAUUGGAAGAAUGAUGUGGACAGCUACUUUACCAUAGAUGCUACUGAAGGAACCAUUGCUACUAAUGAAUUACUGGACAGAGAAAGCACAGCACAGUACAAUUUCUCUAUAAUUGCAAGUAAAGUUAGUAACCCAUUAUUAACCAGCAAAGUCAACGUUAUAAUAAACGUCCUGGAUGUCAACGAGUUUCCUCCUGAAAUUUCAGUUCCAUAUGAGACAUCUGUAUGUGAAAAUGCCAAACCAGGACAGGUAAUACAGACUGUCACUGCAGCAGACAAAGAUUUAUCACCAGCUGGGCAAAGGUUUUCCUUCAGACUGUCACCUGAGGCUUCCAACAAACCAAAUUUCACAGUCCAUGACUACAGAAACAACACAGCUGGGAUUGAAACUGAGAGAAAUGGCUACAGUAGGAGGCAGCAAGAGCUGUACUUUCUUCCAGUGGUAAUAGAAGAUAGCAGUUACCCUGUCCAGAGCAGCACAAACACAAUGACUAUCCGAGUUUGCAGAUGUGAUUCUGAUGGUACCAUUCUGUCCUGCAACGUGGAAGCAAUCUUCUUGCCAGUAGGCCUCAGCACAGGAGCACUGAUUGCCAUCCUGCUGUGUAUUGUUAUACUUCUAGUCAUUGUGGUACUAUAUGUAGCACUACGGAGGCAGAAGAAAAAGGACACCCUGAUGACCUCUAAAGAAGACAUCAGAGAUAAUGUUAUCCAUUAUGAUGAUGAAGGAGGUGGAGAAGAGGACACCCAGGCUUUCGACAUUGGUGCCCUGAGGAAUCCCAAAGUGAUUGAAGAUAACAAAAUGCGCAGGGACAUAAAACCAGACACUUUGUGUUUCCCACGUCAGAGACCACCAGUGGAAGAUAACACAGACAUUAGAGAUUUCAUUAAUCAAAGGCUGCAGGAAAAUGAUGUGGAUCCAACUGCACCCCCUUAUGACUCCUUGGCAACCUAUGCUUAUGAAGGAAAUGGAUCUGUUGCAGAAUCUCUCAGCUCCAUUGAGUCCCUUACUACAGAGGCAGACCAGGAUUAUGACUAUCUGAGUGACUGGGGACCUCGCUUUAAGAUCUUGGCAGACAUGUUUGGAGAAGAAGAAAGUUAUAACCCUGACAAAGUCACUUAAGAACAAGUACAACAGUGAAAUAAAAAGAAAAGUAAACCAACAACAAA